UUCCGGGCUUGUUGCUCGCUGUCCCGGCGAUGCUCUGAUUUACAAUAUCACUGAAUUUUUUUUAUUCGUUUUAUGACACACUUGUGAUCUAUUACUGCGUGCUCUGUUUUAAUAGCGUACAAAUGAGUACAAUGGCUGAGCUUUUGUUACGAAGGAUAAACACAGCUGAUCCGAUCCCGCAGCGGUGAAAAGAGAAGAAGAGGUGUCGUUGCUGUGCUGCACAAAAGAGCCCCUUGCUGCCUACAACCUUCAGCCUCGGCAGCGAGUCAAAAUAGAUCAGUGACGGUGGGUGCCAGGUAUCACUGCCUUUCUGGUUGACUUCAUCGUCAAAGAUGAAGCUGAAGGAGGAUAUGAACCCCCUGCUGCUGCAGGUCUUCCGCUCCGUUGUUUGGGUCUACUCCUUCAUCACCUUCAUACCCUGGUACUUCCUCUCGGGAACAGGAUCCAACCUGGAUCGAGCUCGCCGGCUCAAGGCACGAUCAAUCAGUGGACACCCAGCAGGGCCGUACAGGGCCAUCAACUGUCAGGAGAAGCUGUUAGCAUUCCUGCAGCCCGGGGUGGACACCAUAGACAAAAUGUUUGAAUACGCUUCAGUGCAGUUUCCAGAGAGGGAUUGUCUGGGUACCAGGGAGGUGUUGAGUGAAGAAGAUGAGCCCCAGCCUAAUGGGAAGGUCUUCAAAAAGGUCAUUCUUGGGAACUAUAACUGGCUGUCAUACGAGGAAGCAUACCAGGGAGCAAAGUGUUUCGGCAGUGGUCUGGCAGCUUUGGGGCAGAGGCCUCAGUGCAACAUCGCCAUCUUCUGUGAGACCAGAGCGGAGUGGCUCCUAGCAGCACAAGCCUGCUUCAUGUACAAUUUCCCACUGGUGACCCUGUACUCCACCCUUGGACCCAUGGCCAUCGCCCAUGGCCUGAAUGAAACUGAGGUCACACACAUCAUCACAAGCAAGGACCUGCUUCAGAGUCGUCUCAAGGCCAUACUGUGUGAUGUACCCAGACUGCGCUAUGUCAUUGUAGUGGACAGUAGACCCACCAGCUGGCCAAACAUCCCCAGAGGCAUUGUGGUGCUCAACAUGGAUGCUGUGAAGGAGAUGGGAUCCAAGCCUCACAACAUCGCAGUGAGCCGCAAAAAGCCAGAGCCCUCUGACAUUGCUGUCAUCAUGUACACCAGCGGCUCCACAGGCAUCCCCAAGGGUGUCAUGAUCUCCCAUGGCAACAUUGUUGCUGGAAUCACCGGCAUGGCUGAGCGGAUUCCUAACCUCAAUGAAACAGACACCUACAUCGGCUACCUGCCACUGGCCCACGUUUUAGAGCUCAGUGCUGAGCUGGUGUGCAUCUCUCACGGUUGUCGCAUCGGCUACUCCUCCCCUCAGACUCUCGCCGACCAGUCUACCAAAAUCAAAAAGGGCAGUAAAGGGGACACCAGCGUGCUGAAACCGACUCUAAUGGCUGCUGUGCCGGAGAUCAUGGAUCGCAUCUACAAGAAUGUGAUGACCAAAGUGGAGGAGAUGAGCAGAUUCCAGAAAACCCUCUUUGUGCUAGCCUACAACUACAAGAUGGAGCAGAUUUCUAAGGGCUACAGCACACCGCUGUGUGACAGUCUGGUGUUCAAACGGGUGCGUUCGCUCUUGGGAGGGAACACGCGGUUGCUGCUUUCUGGUGGAGCUCCUCUGUCGGCUGCGACUCAGCGCUUCAUGAACAUCUGCCUGUGCUGCCCUGUGGGGCAGGGCUACGGCCUGACGGAGACCUGCGGAGCCGGCUCCAUCAGUGAGAUUUGGGACUACAGCACAGGACGAGUCGGUGCUCCAUUGGUUUGCUCUGAGAUCACACUAAAGGACUGGGAGGAGGGUGGUUACUACAGCACUGACAAGCCUAAUCCACGGGGGGAGAUUGUGAUUGGCGGUCCCAACGUAAGCAUGGGUUACUACAAAAAUGAAGGCAGGAACAACAACGAUUUUUUUGUGGAUGUCAACGGCCAGCGAUGGUUCUGCACAGGAGACAUUGGGGAGUUACACCCCGAUGGAUGCCUCAAGAUCAUUGACCGUAAGAAGGACCUGGUGAAGCUGCAGGCGGGCGAGUACGUCUCUCUCGGGAAAGUAGAGGCUGUUCUGAAGAACUGCUCGCUCAUAGACAACAUCUGUGCCUAUGCCAACAGUGACCAGUCAUAUGUAAUCAGCUUCGUGGUGCCUAACCACAAACAGCUGAUGGCGCUGGCGGAGCAGAUACAGGUGAAGGGCACAUGGGAGGAGAUCUGCAACAACCCACAGAUUGAGAAAGACGUUCUCGGCAUCAUUACUGAGGCUGCAAUAGCAGCAAAACUGGAGCGGUUCGAGAUCCCCAAGAAGAUCCGUCUGAGCUCUGAGCCCUGGACACCAGAGACCGGCUUGGUCACAGACGCUUUCAAACUGAAACGCAAGGAGCUGAAAUCACACUACCAGGAGGACAUAGAGAGGAUGUACGGAGGAAAAUAGCACACAGACACACUCCAAAACAACACAGAAAGGCAUACAUACCUGCAUAUAUAUAAAUAUAUAUAUAUACAAGUUCUACCUUGGAUUCAUGUAACACAUUCUCAAAAACACAUUGUAAUAGAGGCACACACAUGACAUCUCAUGAACCUCCUCCCGCCUGCUUCCCUGCGACCAGAUUUGAUCAAAGGAGGAGUUGGACAGAGGUUGUCUCUGUCAUGACCAGGAGGCAGAAUGUCCCUCACAGAAAAACUGAACCAUCCUCGCUUUUUGAUGGAUUAAGACCUUUUAGUUGCUAUGACAACAGAGUCGGCACAUACAGUGCGACGUCUGCGAAACCGGUGAAACAAGUGUCUGUAUCUCUGGAUCGAUGUCAGCGCGCCCUCCCUGCUUUUCUCCCCUUCCUCCCCCUCCCUGUUCUCUGGAGUCUUCCAGCAGCGCAGCAUGGUCGAGAUGGGAGCACAGAUCACACAGCAGGGACUCUGGGUAGCAUGAGCUUGAUAGAAGAGAUCCCUGCUAGGCUUUAAGUAACAUUCAGGUAAGAAUCUAUGCAGGGAUCUCUGUUACAUGUUUCUUUGUGUGAAUGUUUCCUUCAUGUCUGGCUUUGAAACCCGUUCGUCCAAGACUUUUCAUGUGGGAGGAAUCUGUGUCGCAAAGCCAUGAGAGAUUGAGCUUUUAGACAAUUUGAAGAACUUUUUUUUUUUUUUCCUUUUGUAUUCGGACGGUUUUUUUUUAAUUCCUUCAUCCUCCUUUUUUUUUUUUUCUUUACUGCCAACUUGUUUACACUACCUGUAUUUAAAUUAGGGUUUGUUUACAAGCGGUUUUCUUUUCUUUGAGUUUUUCUACCCUUAUUUGUCUGUGUCCUGAAGUUUGUACCUUCCUGAGCGUAUGUUGAAUUACUUGACUAGAAGAAGCUUCAGUUCCUUCUACUAAUCGGCCUGAACAUCAGGUGUAAACAUCAAUUGUAAAAGGCGUCCAUUGGGAUUCUUUCCUCCCUGCACUUUGCCCCCUUCUCUUCAUUUAUAUUGUUUCUUAGCAGCUCCCUGAUGCCUCCCAACCUGUGUGUCUUAUUGGUUACUUUGUUGGUUCAUUGACACACUGCAGCCCUGCCACAUAUUCAGUCUUGACCAAUACGCCGUACGGAUGUCUCCAAGGGAAGUAAGCCUACUGUAGAGUAAUAAUUAGCCUUCCUGUGGUUGCUCUCCCAGCUCCUUUUUUUUGGGCAGCUGUACAAGUUAUCCUCUUUACUAUAGGUCUAGUUAACUGUUACUUUUUUAUACUUAUGAAUAUGAAAUACAAAAUGAAUGUGCAAUACUAUACACAAAUUUUUAAACUUAAUUACAUAAGAAAGAGAGAGAAAAUUACAGACAGCUGCCACUCCAUAGUGUAUGAAUGUGUUACUUUUCAGUGUAAAAGGAAGACUCGGAGGAACAUGCGCAUAGGAAUCACAUUCAGGACUUUAGAGAGACACUGAUAGAGAAGUCGUGCUGUAGCCCAUGUCAACGUACUGUUGUGCUUAAACCAUGUAAAAGACUGUAAAGUCCAACUGUAAUAUCUGGCAUUGUACAAACUGCAUGAUGAGAAGUGUGCAACCGUACCACAGCAGAAGCUUGAAUAUAUAUAUAUUUGAAAGAGAAACGAGAAAGCUGCACUCCAGUCGAACAACUGAAGAAACUCCUUAUUUAAUUGUGAGUGAAUAGCAUUAACUCGGAUAGUAUUUCUGUAACUUUUAUCACAACUACUUUAUGUGUAUGAUAUGUGAAGUGUAUAUAAAAGGGUUUUACAGUUCUCGGACGUUGAUUUCACCUCCUGUGUAACAGAAACAGCUGUAGGUUUUCAGGUUAAUUGAUAUAUUCUCUGAAUAGCUUCAGUACUAGGAGCUUCACUUUUUCAUCUGUCUCUUUAGGUUUGUGUGGGCAGAAAAAUAAAAAGUGUAUUCUCACCAGCCUUUGUAAGGGCCAUGUGAAUUCUGCAGCAAAACGUUUUUUCUUUUUUGCUGUCGCUGAAGACAUUUAGCAUCAAGGUACAGUCAGGAGCUAUAACGACUAGCUCAAACACAAAUCGGUUAUUUUAGCAUGUGAAGCUUGCCAUCAUAAUACGGUUCGUCCCUUUUUGAAAAACCAUUUCUCUCCUGACAUCUCAGUAGGACAGUCAGUCGCUUACUGUGCUGUUUGCUGGUUUUCCUCUACCCGUCUACAGGCGGCUAGUUGCCUUCCAACACACACGAGCUGUCUGCAGGGGUCUUAGGAAUGUGAAGCACUCCCUGCGUUCUCGUUGAUCGCACUCGUGCUGUGCCCUGCUACAUUCAUUUGGCAAGGCAGAAACAGUGUGGUGGUGUGAGGGUGAAUGUCACCACUCCUGUUGAUUUCACUUGCUUUGUAAAUAGUUUAAGAGGGUGGAGGUUAAUGAUCAAAGUUGAUUCAAACCAGUAAUUGUACAGGUGUGAAGUCUCCUGUUAACAUAUUUAAAAAAACGUUGUUACUGAUGAUGACUUUUUUGAGGGGGUGGUUUGCCUUGUUUUGUGUGUUAAAUUGGCCCUUGAAGCUGGGCAACUUCCAGUGUCUCCUUCCUUAUUUAUUUGUGAUUUGGCCUUGAAAAUUAUGUCAUGAAAUAAAGAAGUUUGUGUUGUAAGUCAUGCUACUCUUAGUGUGUUAUUUUAGGUUUGUGUUACAUACCUUAUCGCAACCUGUGUAGCACAUUGUGUGGUCGAUCCCAUCUUGAUUAGAAUCAUCCUGAAACCAGAGUUUCUAUGGCAACGAAGGCCAGUGUUUCUGUGCGUGUGUGUGUUAAAGUGGAUGAAGCUGUGUUGUGUAGACGCAAACAGAACACACAGUGCUAGGAGUCAACCUUCAUUCAGAACGAGUAAACAAAGGAUUUUUUUUUUUCUUUCAGUGCUUUUCUCAAUAUGUUGGAUCACAGAUGUAAUAUAACUAAAAAAUAAAGACGAAGCCUUUUCUUAA